GGAAUGUACGUGAAUUGCUCAAAUUAUUUUAAUUAUCUGAAUGUUCACAGUUCUGUACUUACUUUAAAUUGAACUCUGUCACUAUUCUAAUUCUUUUCUGCAAUGGCUCUCCUAAAUGUAAUCGUAUUGUUAUGCGUCUUCAAUGGCAUAUUGGAAGUAAGGAGUAAGGAGUCCUGGGAAGAAGUCUUCGAUUUUGACUAUCCAGACUUCUCCUUCUUUGCUACAGUGUAUCAUAUUGCCAUAAGAAGGGAUACGACUACAUCAAUGAGCAAGAGAAUGGAAGUUUUGUCAAACCCCAUUGUUUCAAAAACGUAUUCGUGUGAACUACCAAACGGACAAAAGGGCAAAGUAACUGGUGGUGAAAAUUAUGAACUUCAAAUGAUCAAAGUGUCGAUGCCAGGUUACAAAUUCUACCUUCAACUGGUACUAAAACUAAAGCACGAAGAAAAUCCAGUGAUCGUCCCUUUGGUGAUUUACCCGACUUUCGAAUCUUAUCCUUUGUCGGCCGAGAACAAACACAUCAUGUCAAACACCCAACUGUCAAUACACAAGGAUUCAACUCCUGAUAAACUCAGGCUGAGCGUCAAAGGAAUCUUCAUAUCACGCAUAGUGGAUGAAAAGUACACAUGUACCUUCACCCAUGAGAUCAACGUCAGAAAACUUGACACAAGACCAACAGCCGUGGCUAUUAAACACGAAAUUACACAAAUCUUUAAAAUAAUGGGGAAAGAAUUUAAUGACCCAAACUAUAAAUACGAAAACUAUAUAAGAGUAGAAGAACUAUGUACAACACAGUUUCUUUUGGGAAACGAACAGCCUAAAGCUCAAUACUGAAAAUUUGUCAGAUGUAAACUACUUAUGGUAAUGGAUGUAUGGUGGACAUUAACUGAUGGAUGGGUUUUGAGUCUUUAGAUGAUUUUCAGAUUUACUAUAUAGUAAAAUAUUGAUUUGGAA